UCUCCGAGUUGCGAGUGUGCUGAGGCUGAGACUGUCACUCAUUCUCCGCUCAGCGCGUGAACGCAGCUCGGCAGCGGCUGGCAGAAAACAAUUCUGCAAAAAUAAUCAUACUCAGCCUGGCAAUUGUCUGCCCCUAGGUCUGUUGCUCUAACGCCGUCCACACUCGCUAUAAGGUGGGGCACAGAAUUUACCGCGGCAAGAACAUCCCUCCCAGCCAGCAGAUUACAAUGCUGCAAACUAAGGAUCUCAUCUGGACUUUGUUUUUCCUUGGAACUGCAGUGUCUCUGCAGGUGGAUAUUGUACCUAGCCAAGGGGAAAUCAGCGUUGGAGAGUCCAAAUUCUUCUUAUGCCAAGUGGCAGGGGAUGCCAAAGAUAAAGAUAUCUCCUGGUUCUCCCCCAAUGGAGAAAAGCUCACCCCGAACCAGCAGCGGAUCUCAGUGGUAUGGAAUGAUGACUCUUCUUCCACCCUCACCAUCUACAAUGCCAACAUUGACGAUGCCGGCAUUUACAAGUGUGUGGUCACUGGCGAGGAUGGCAGUGAGUCGGAGGCCACGGUCAACGUGAAGAUCUUCCAGAAGCUCAUGUUCAAGAAUGCACCGACCCCACAGGAGUUCAGGGAGGGGGAGGAUGCCGUGAUCGUGUGUGAUGUGGUCAGCUCCCUACCCCCAACCAUCAUCUGGAAACACAAAGGUCGAGAUGUCAUCCUGAAAAAAGAUGUCCGAUUCAUAGUCCUGUCCAACAACUACCUGCAGAUUCGGAACAUCAAAAAAACUGAUGAGGGCACUUACCGCUGUGAAGGCAGGAUCCUGGCACGGGGGGAGAUCAACUUCAAGGACAUUCAGGUCAUUGUGAAUGUACCACCCACCGUCAAGGCCAGGCAAAGCAUAGUGAAUGCCACCGCCAACCUCGGCCAGUCCGUCACCCUGGUGUGCGAUGCUGAAGGCUUCCCAGAGCCCACCAUGAGCUGGACAAAGGAUGGGGAACAGAUAGAGAAUGAGGAAGAUGAGAAGUACUUCUUCAGUGACGACAGUUCAGAGCUGACCAUCAGGAAGGUGGAUAAGAACGACGAGGCUGAGUAUGUGUGCAUCGCUGAGAACAAGGCUGGAGAGCAGGAUGCAUCCAUCCACCUCAAAGUCUUUGCAAAACCCAAAAUCACAUAUGUAGAAAACCAGACUGCCAUGGAAUUGGAGGAACAGGUUACUCUUACCUGUGAAGCCUCGGGGGACCCCAUUCCCUCUAUCACCUGGAGAACUUCCACCCGAAACAUCAGCAGCGAAGAAAAGGCUUCGUGGACUCGACCAGAGAAGCAAGAGACUCUGGACGGGCACAUGGUGGUGCGCAGCCAUGCCCGUGUGUCGUCCCUGACCCUGAAGAGCAUCCAGUACACGGACGCUGGAGAAUACAUCUGCACUGCCAGCAACACUAUCGGCCAGGACUCCCAGUCCAUGUACCUCGAAGUACAGUAUGCCCCCAAGCUGCAGGGCCCUGUGGCUGUGUACACUUGGGAGGGGAACCAGGUCAACAUCACCUGCGAGGUAUUUGCCUACCCCAGUGCCACAAUCUCAUGGUUCCGAGAUGGUCAGCUGCUGCCCAGCUCCAACUACAGCAAUAUCAAGAUCUACAACACACCCUCUGCGAGCUACCUGGAGGUGACCCCAGACUCUGAAAAUGAUUUUGGAAACUACAACUGCACUGCAGUGAACCGCAUCGGACAGGAGUCUUUGGAAUUUAUUCUUGUCCAAGCAGACACCCCAUCUUCACCAUCCAUUGACCAGGUGGAGCCAUACUCCAGCACAGCACAGGUGCAGUUUGAUGAACCAGAGGCCACAGGCGGGGUGCCCAUCCUCAAAUACAAGGCUGAGUGGAGAGCAGUUGGGGAGGAAAUGUGGCACUUCAAGUGGUAUGAUGCCAAGGAAGCCAGCAUGGAGGGCAUCGUUACCAUCGUGGGCCUGAAGCCUGAGACGACGUACACAGUACGACUGGCAGCCCUCAAUGGCAAGGGUCUGGGCGAGAUCAGCGCAGCUUCCGAGUUCAAGACUCAGCCAGUCCAUAUCCCUCUUCCACGGGAACCCAGCGCUCCUAAGCUUGAAGGGCAGAUGGGAGAGGAUGGCAACUCCAUCAAGGUGAACCUGAUCAAGCAGGACGACGGUGGCUCCCCCAUCAGGCACUACCUGGUCAGGUACCGAACGCUUUCCUCCGAAUGGAAACCGGAGAUCAGGCUCCCAUCCGGCAGCGACCACAUCAUGCUCAAGUCCCUGGACUGGAAUGCUGAUUACGAGGUCUACGUCGUGGCAGAGAACCAGCAGGGGAAGUCCAAGGCUGCUCAUUUUAUGUUCAGAACCUCGGCCCAGCCCACAGCCAUCCCAGCCAAUGGCAGUCCCACCGCAGGUCUGAGCACCGGGGCCAUCGUGGGCAUCCUCAUUGUCAUCUUUGUCCUGCUCCUGGUGGUUGUCGACAUCACCUGCUACUUUCUGAACAAGUGUGGCCUGCUCAUGUGCAUCGCCGUCAACCUGUGUGGAAAGGCCGGGCCUGGAGCCAAGGGCAAGGACAUGGAGGAGGGCAAAGCCGCCUUCUCGAAAGAUGAGUCAAAGGAGCCCAUCGUGGAGGUGCGAACGGAGGAGGAGCGGACCCCAAACCACGACGGGGGGAAGCACACGGAGCCCAAUGAGACCACGCCACUCACAGAGCCCGAGCUGCCUGCUGACACCACAGCCACUGUUGAGGACAUGCUGCCUUCUGUCACCACCGUCACCGCUAACUCUGACACUAUCACCGAAACCUUUGCCACUGCUCAGAACAGCCCCACCAGUGAAACCACCACCCUGACCUCCAGCAUUGCCCCUCCAACCACGGCCACACCUGACUCAAAUUCUGUGCCUGCCAGCCAGGCCACCCCUUCCAAGGGGCCCGGUGUUGCCACCUCUUCCCCAUCCCCAGCGUCAGCUCCCAAGGUGGCCCCCCUUGUUGACCUGAGUGAUACCCCAACCUCAGCCCCUGCGGCCAGCAAUUUGUCAUCUAGUGUCCUGGCUACCCAGGGGGCUGUGCUCAGCCCAAGUGCCCCUGCCAGUGCCGGGGAGGCCUCCAAGGCCCCUCCGGUGAGCAAGCCAGCCCCUGCUCCAGCCCCCACCUCAGCCGGGGCAGCCAGUCCCCUAGCAGCAGCAGCUGCCCCCGCCACAGAAGCCCCCCAGGCCAAGCAGGAGGCUCCCAGCACCAAAGGCCCGGACCCCGAGCCCACCCAGCCUGGCGCCCUGAAGAGCCCCAGCGAGGCAGCCACGGUCCCCACUAGCCCGAAGAGUGAGGCUGCCUCCGUCAGCGCCACAAAUGCUGCCCAGGGCGAGGACUUUAAAAUGGACGAAGGGAACUUCAAGACCCCAGAUAUUGACCUUGCAAAGGAUGUUUUUGCAGCCCUGGGCUCUCCUGCUCCCGCCGCUGGGGCCAGUGGACAAGCCCCUGAGCUUGCUCCUUCCACUGCAGACAGCUCUGUUCCGCCUGCACCAGCAAAGACCGAGAAGGGCCCUGUAGAAGCAAAGUCGGAGUGCCAGGAGACAGAAACGAAGCCAGCGCCAGCCGAAGUCAAGACCGUCCCCAACGACGCCACACAGACACAGGAGAACGAGAGCAAAGCAUGAUGGGUGACGGGAGAGGAGCAAAGAUCAAAAUGAAAAGUGACACAACAGCUUCACCAGAGCAUUUCCAAUACCACACACGCGUGCGCGCGCACACACACACACACACACACACAUCUCAUUCCUCUAGUGUCUUUUGCCUUUAAAAAGGAAAACUAAACAGAUAAACAUGGGAUCUCCUUUUUGUAGGUUUAUAGAAAGGGUUCCUUUGUUGCGCACUCACUUGUAAGAAAAUGAGACAAAAAGAUUAAACCCACAGCCAAACUAGGACACUCCGUUCCCUGAAACCAUUUAAAAAUCAAACAAAAGGACCCCAAAUUAAGAAUCUAGGAAGCUCAGAAAAAAAUCUAGGUUUAGGAAGACUGCACUUGGUGUUGCCCAACUGGCACAGACCAGUUUCAGAGAAACACUUCCAGGCACUAAGACUAACCGAAUGAACAAAGUCCAAGUUUAUUUUUAUACUUUCAGUCAAGUUUGAACUCUGUAAAACCUCACGAAUAAGUUAUAAUUUCUGUUCACUUUGUAUUUGUUCAGUAUGCAAAGUGUGUCACCCUUUCUAGCUGAAUUCAGUUCCCACGUAGACUCCUGUUUUGUAGGCCAAAUGCCAAACUGCAGCUUCUGGGGGUAGAUCUCAAUUUGCAGUAUUCAGAUUUCUUUUUUCUUUUCUUUUCUUUUUUUUUCUUUCUGCCAACUUUUCUUUCCAGUGUUUACAAGUUGACAAAUGUUUAACUGCAAUUGUGUUUAAAUGUCCAUGCAAAAUAGCUGCCUUUUUUUUUAAGUUACAAGCACUGCCCAGAGGUGGGCAGGACCGUCACAGGCUCGCUCUAGCACAGGACACCUUCACGCAGUGUGAUUGUUUACAGUGGCGUGCCCCCGCUUCCGAUGUGAAGUUGCUGCCUGAGUCCAACUCAGGUGGAAAUCCAUCUCGUUCCGGAAUGGUUUUGCUUUUUGGUUCUUGGGGUUUUUUUGGUGUUUCCUUGGGGGUUAGACCACUUUCUGAUUAGCCACCACCUGCCUGUACCUGUGACAAGGGAUCUGCUCCCGGGCUUCCUGUCCUGCCUUUUGAAGGACCCCUUAGGCUUUGUUGAAUGAAGCAGAGAAGACUGUAUAGUUGGGGCUGGUCUUGGUGAACACACAUUUUUACCCCAAACAUCCCCUUCUUAUAGAAAGCCAAAUAAAAUGUAUACAUACAAUUUCUUUUUGAGCCCAGAAUCUAGAUUUGAGCGGAAGAGCAUGUGUGCUUCAGGGAAUUAGUGUCUUUUUUUGGAAAUCUGUUGAAGUAACAUCGGCCUUCUGUUCACUUAGGCAGCGUUUGUAGAAACAAAAGAGAAAAAAAGCCAACCUGUUGUCUGGAGUCAUAACACAACUUUCCUGGAUUGGAAACAAAGUGGGGAAAAAUACAGAAACUUUAAGGGUGAUGGGAGGGGGGAGAAGGGAAAAGCCAGCCCUUUGUAUAGAAAUUUUGCUUUUUUUUCUCAUUCUACUUUAGAACUGCAAGCUUGUGCACUGUGGAUGCGUGAAUAUAUUAGUGUGAAACGUGUUUUUUGUCAUAGUAUUGAAAUAAAACUUCAACAUAGUUUGGUUGUGGAAGGUAUAGCAGAUAGUUCAGAAGAAAUAUUCAGGAAACAAAAAUUACUCAAAAGGAAUUGAAGCCUUGAAACAAUGAAAAUGAAUAAAAAUGGUUAUGAUGAGGAAGAUGAUGCUAAGUAAACAGAAAUCAGGACUCAGCACGUGCUCCUUUCUGAAGGUACCAACAGCAAGAGGUGAGGCUGGCAAUCCUGCCCCUGAGUCCACUCUGCGGGCCAUACUCCCCAAGGUUCUGACACUUCUGCAAUCUGAUCAGUGGCAAUAUGCUAGAUUAUAAUUCCAAACUGUGAAAAACAAUGGUCUUGUCAUUUGCUAAAUGUGGGGUUAUUUUGCAUUUUCUCAUCUCCUGGGGAUGGAAAUGGAGGAUCCCAGUCCACACUGCUCCAGCCCCUGUGACUCUAGGGCUUGCACAGACCUAUAGUUCCAGUGCUUAGGCCCUCAGGAACGAGCGCCUUGGAGACAGUUUGUAGAGCACACGGCAGAAUGGGAGCUCCUGGGUGUCAGACAGAAGGACCCAGCUGGGAGUGGCGGGCUCUUCCUCUCACCAGGUUGUCAGUGGUAUCGGUCCUUCAUCUUGGGAUGUUAAUGGCUUUGAGCACCUAGGCCAAGCCCACACUAUACCUCGUGGAGACUGUGCAUUUCAUUCAGAGCGGUUGUGGUUAGGCAAACAAACUGAUUUUUGUUCUAAUACUUAGGAAGAGAAAGAGGUAUAGUCAACCCUCAGAUAACCUGGCCCAGGACAGUAGACCGCCCCCUCCCCCCAGAACCCUGGCUCCACCGUUACUGGAACCCAAGACUGCCCACCUUUUGGUCAGCCUCUCUCCCGUCAUAUAUAGAUUUGUCUCUGCAUGUGUGAACUUUCCUUUCCUUAAAUAAAAUAAGACAGAGCAAUGCUUUCUCUAAAAUCAAAGAGGGAGUCACUUUAUUUUCAAGAUAUUCUAUCUUUUAUGUUAAGAGAUAAAAGCUUAUAGUUUUUCUCUUUUAAUUUUUUUGAAGAGGGGAUCAAUUCUGCCGGUUUCCAAUGUCUAUGUGUCUAUAUGUGUAUGUGCCAUACAUAUGUAUUCACAUAACGCCGCAUGGCCAAGUUCUGCUGAAGGGGCACUCGAGUGCCCCGCGUGGGUCUCCUCACACUGACGGGGGUCAUGUACAUAGCGCAGCUUUGGAAGGGGGACUCUAUUUUCACACUUUUUUAUGGAGCCUUCCAAGUCCCAGGUUUUCACUCUAGGCUGUCUGUCUGGAUGGUGGUUUCAGACCUCCAUUAACAUCCCUACCCAGCAUUCCCGACUUCGGGGGCCUUCUCUCUUGUUAUAAACUUUUUACCAAGUGAAACAUCGAGACCACCUUUGUUUCCAUUCUCACUGGUGUAAAUACUGAGUACUAACUGAGAAUUUUGACUUUGCAUUCUGUCAGAAUACUUGUGUUCAAUAAAAAUGGAAAGAAAAAAACA